CUAUCGCGGUCCCACUUUAUUCGCCAAGUCAACCACAGCCUACAUCGCCCGCUGUUCCCAGUCGAAUUUUUGUGUGCGCCAAAUCCAGCGGGGGCCAAAAUCAAUAAUCUGGUUGUGUGAUUUUCGCGGCUUUUUUUUUGUGUUUUCUUUUAAAAAACAAUCAAUACCCGAAGGUAACGUGUGUAGACAACUAACAAUUCACCUCAGUGUGCGUUUGCAUUCGUUGACGCUUGACAUAUUGAAUGGGCACAGAAACCAAGAGCAACAGUUACACAGGACAGAUUUCAACAAGUGGCGGCAACCCCAAAGUGAUGAAAGAUUCUUUAUCCUUAGUUCGUCAGACGGUCAAUCAGCACUCGCAAUCGAACCAGGUCCAGAACCAAUUGAAUUCUAAUUCCAAUUCGUAUCCAAACGAAAGCGAUAACGAACACGACAACAAUUCGCGUGAUAUUCAAGCAAAACAGGAGGAUAAAUCAAGAAAAGAGGCGAUUGUUCCCUUUGUCCCCAUAUUUGUUGAAGAAGCCGACGUGAUUCAAGGGGCCAAGGAACUGUUGAAGGUUAUUCGACCGACCUGGGACCUCAGCCACGUCGAGUUUAAGAGUUUUACCGAUGGAAUCACGAACAAACUGGUCGGAUGUUUCCAUAAUGAAAUUUCCAAACUGAGAGAUGAGAACGGCGGAUCGUAUCUACCUAUCAAGACCCAGGGUCUGUCGCCAGUGCAGUCCGAGGAUCCUGUCAUCAUCGAGAAGGACGAUGAGGAGUUCACAGACGAUCUGGCAGCGGACGGGGCACUUGUACAGUACUCCGAUAACGUAGUGCUGGUCAGGAUAUACGGAAACAAAACGGACCUACUGAUAGACCGCAAGGCGGAGACGCAAAACUUUCUUCUACUGCAUACGUACGGCCUAGCGCCAUCGCUGUAUGCCACGUUCAAGAACGGCCUCGUCUACGAAUACGUACCUGGAACCACCCUGAACACGGACAGUGUGCUCUGCCCAGAGAUUUGGCCCUUGGUUGCCCGUCGCAUGGCCGAGAUGCAUCGCAAAGUGAGGAAGCACGGGGAAAGCUCGGCGACGAAACCAUUGCCUAUGAUUUGGAAGAAGACGCAGAGCUUUCUGGAUUUAGUACCUGAACGUUUUAGUGAUGCUGAAAAACACAAAAGAGUGAAAGAAACGUUUCUACCUAUCGGCCGCCUGCGCGAGGAGUUCAACAAGCUGUAUGAAUACCUUGAGGCUCUGGACAGUCCGAUUGUCUUCUCCCACAACGACCUUCUGCUCGGCAAUGUCAUUUACACGCAGAGCCUAAAUACCGUGAACUUUAUCGACUACGAGUAUGCCGACUACAACUUUCAGGCGUUCGACAUUGGCAACCACUUCGCGGAGAUGUGCGGCGUGGACGAAGUCGACUACUCUCGCUACCCGAAGCGCGAUUUCCAGCUGAAGUGGUUGAGGGUCUACUUGGAGGAGUACCUCCAGCGCAGCCACAUCCAAAGCCAGGAAGUCGAGCUGCUCUACGUCCAGGUCAACCAGUUUGCACUGGCAUCGCAUAUCUUCUGGACGGUGUGGUCCCUGUUGCAAGCUGAGCAUUCCACUAUCGAUUUUGACUAUGUUGGCUAUGCAUUUCUUCGUUACAAUGAAUACUUGGCCCGAAAGGUGGAGUUUUUGUCAUUGACUGCAGCAAAGAACAAUAAGUGAUUUCUUUCUCCCGGCCACUCACCGCAUUGGGAGUAACUAAAUUAUGUGCCCAGUGAUAUAUGUGUAAACUAAGGCUGGAACGGGUCUCAAUGUUAUACAUAUGUAUAUAAAACGUGUGUUCAGAAAUCAGAAACAAAAACUAGAGCAAACUUAAAUUAGUGUCGUGUUCGUGCCAGCCUUAGUGUAUGUACAGUGCUCACUCGAAACAGUGAACUAAGAAAAAACAAGGGUGUGCACUGAAACGAAUUUGUUCACUAUAACGAAUCACAAAAAAAUAAACAUAUUUUUAACAAAAAAAACGUUUUCAGCAACAAAGUACUUUUUUUUUAGUUUAAACGAAAAUUUUUUAAAAAUUUCACUUUUACCAAAUGUUUACAUAAUUAAGUGUUCACUCUUAAGGGAGAGCACUGUAUAUAUAAAGAAUUUGUAUAUGUUCUUUAAUUUGUAUAAAUUGAUAUUUUGUAGCCAUAAAUAAAACGAAGGUAUGUACUUUAAAAUAUAA